GACCUGUUCCCCCCUUUUUUAUUCCAUCUUUCCCUAUUAUCUCUUGGCGCACUGCCUUUUUAUUUGACGUAUUGGGGCCCUUGUUUUCUUUCCUCUUUAUUGUCUUUCCACUGGCGCCCUACCCUGACGCCACACAUGGCCCCUCCUCUUGGCAAGGGUGGAAUGGGCGUUCAAGUGUGGGGCCGCCCAGGGUCCUGCGCCUUGGGGCCCUUCCCGCCCCCGCUCGCGGCGGACAGGGACCUGGAGCUCGAAAAGAACGAUCCCCCGUACCAAAGCUCGAUCCCCGACCUAAAUAAUCUGGUCAUUUAGUCCCUCUUGGCCCAUCGGCUUUUCUACUUUCCCAUCAUUCUUCACGCGUCUCCAGGGCAAGGUCCCACGCCUCGUUUUGGAUCCCCCCCAAGGCAGGUUUUCCCCUCGUCGCCCUCGCCGCCCUCGCCGCCCUCGCCGCCGUUCCAAGGUUUUUUGUUGAUUUCUGGGGAUUUGCCAGCGGUGCAUUCAAGCGGUGCGGCAACCCCCAAAUAGGUUCUCGCUGGCACUCUAGACCGGUCCCCCGCCACUGCCGCGCCUGGUCGACGGGCGAAUAGGCUCGCCGUGGCCAACAAAAAAAACGAAAUUUGAUCCAGGACGCAUGUGCGGCUUGCUUCCGUCGUCGGAUUGUGUUACCGAAACCGUGCUAUAUACUUUGUGUGUUUGUACAUAGACAGUAUCUGUCUGUCGGUAAAAAGCCUGUUUUUGUUUUCUUGGGCGUACUGUGCGUUUCCCGUCACUUUCUUUUUCCUUCCUUCUUUUGUCCCCAGUGCCGUUGGGUGGUUCUUGGUCGGACGCGGGUCCAAGCUAGCAACCCCUACAAAGUACGAUCGCACAGGCACAGCUCCGAUCCUCAAUCGCGCCCUGAGCUUUGUGGUGUCUAGGGUGCCCUAGUACGUACCCCUCGGGGCUAGCCAGGCGCGUACCACCUGCAGCUGCUUGGCACCCCCGGUCUCUUUUUUUUUUUGGUCUGUUGCGGGCCUGCGAGCACCUCCGCUUCCAGGGCUUUCCGUGAGAGGCGCAUGCCACGACGAGGAGGCUGGAGGCACUCAUAUUUAUCUGGGCUCGCGCGCCCAGAGCCAGCGGUCCCCCUCAUUACAUGUAACCCUUGCCCGCGACCUUGGGUGGCCCAACACGCCAAGACCAGGGACUCGAGGGGUGCCGGUGGUUGACGUCACGGGCGAAUGGGACCGUCUACCGCGUGAACUCCUUGGUGCGCUCAAGCGAGCACAAUAGAAAGAACCCAACUAUACUCGCGGCGUCCAAGUUGGAUUCUCAUGUCCCUGGGAUGUAUCGUUCUCACCAUUCCCAUGUUUGUGGCAAUAGCCCGGAAUUGAACUCAUAAAAAAGGCACGCCCUUCUUUUCAAAGUUUCUGCCUUUCCGUCCUUUUUUUUUUCUUUUGCCGCUGAUCUCGAUGCAUAUAGGGGCCCCUGCAAAGGGUCCACUAAAACGCAGUGAUCCCCGGUCUUCUAGCCUGAUGUUUGGCCAACGCUGCGCCGACCGAGAGGCACGCAGCACGUUCCCACAAGGUCCCAUCGACACAACGCCAGAUUUCCUUUGUUGCGACACAACUGCUUGGCUUCUAAACCGUGUGGCUUUCCACAUCGCCAUUGAUUUUUUUU